CGUUACUAAUUGCUUGCCCCCACGGCCAUACUCAUUCUCAUCAAUCCCUUUCUGAUUAAUAAAUAGUAUGUACUAUUGACUAUUGUUGCAUCCUCUAACGAUGAACAACCCGACUUGACUCAAUUCAAUUCAAUUCAAUUCAAACUAGUCAACUUGAUAGAUUAUUAGUUUAGGUAAUAUAUAUCGUCUACGUCUGUCGUCUAAGCUAGAUUGCUCUAAGGUACGUGCACCAAAGAACAAUGGACCAACACAAGAAGAACCCACGACGAAGAUCUGUGAGUUUUUCUGAUGUGAAGCUCGAUAGAUCAGAAAAGUUAUUUCCAAAAAGAAGAGACAACAUAAAAUCUCAAUCCUUCAGAAGAGAGAUUGAAAUAAUGGAGAACAAGAGCAAGGAAAGUGAAUUUGCAGCAAGUAUAGCAGCUGCAGCAUAUGCAAUAUACUCACUUGAAGAAACAAGAGCUGAAUUUGAGAGAAGAAUGGUGGAAAGUUUUAGAGAAGAUCCUGCAGCUCUUACAAUCAAGACCAGGAAAGAUAGUCAAGAUACUAAUACUUUUGAAUUUCCUGAUUUAGAAACUUUAAUGAAGAGAACUUCACUUUUGGAAAGAAGAGAUAAUAAUGAAGGUAAUCAAAGUUCAAUAAUGAAGACUUCAACCAGAGGUAUUGAGAUAUCAGGGGUAGAACAAGAACAGAGGAGCAGAAGGAAGGAAAUGACAAAAGCAGAAGCAUGGGAGCAAGCAAGAUUAGCCAAGAUUCAUAAAUGGUAUGAAAAGAUUAAAGAUAAGAUCACAGAGUGGGAGACUGAAAAGAAGAAGAAAGCUGCUAUUGACAUGGAAAAAAGAAAGGAGGAGUUAGAAAGGUUAAAGAGAUUGAAUUAUCACCAUUACGGGAACAAAAUGGACAAGAUUGAAAAUGUAGCAAGGGGAGCCAUGAAGCAAUUAGAGGAUAAAAAGACAAGUGAAGAGGCUUAUGCAAAACAACAGGCAAACAAGAUCAGGUUUGGUAACUUACAAUUCACAUGACAUACUUCACUGGACUAGACGGGAAAAGAAACCAAGGUGGAGGGCCUUACAUGAUAAGAACAGAGGAUUGAAAAGAAUGGUGAUCUCUAUAUAUAAGGUUCAAGCUCUCACCAGGGUUCAACAUGAACCGAGAAAACUGCUGAAGAAGUGGAGGGGGCACGACAUUGAGUUGGCCUCACUAAUUACGCUAGCGAACAAACACAUGAAGCCAUUUUAACCACGCCCCACUCUCUACUAACUCAACAUACAUGGCCCUAGAAUAGAAUGAAUUGGCUUCUGCUUUGCUCUCAAUAUAGUUCAGUUGGUUUGGAAAGAGGCGAAGUCGAGUGUGCCAGUAGAACAGUAGUGUUCCUAACCCUAGGCAAGGUAGACAUUAACCUAGGGUCUAGAGCAGUGCCGUUCCUAGCAUUAUAUAGCCCCAAGCAAACUGAAAGAAAUGGGUCUUCCCUAUGGAGGGUUGAUACUGACCUAAACGAGUAUUUGAAAAAAUAACAAAGACAGACCCUAUAUAUAAUUAGCAUUAAAAAUGUAAAUGUGUCAUAUAAUUCUUAAAUAAUAAAACAAUUACUCAUAAAUUACAAAUUUUUAAGUCUCUAUUUUCAUUAACUAGCAUUUUCUAAUUUUAAGGCCUUUUCUAAUUCUGGGUCCCAGGCAAAUGUCUACUUUACCUAUGGUCAGGAACGGCCCUGACCUAGAGCUAGAAAGGGCCCAAUAUCUAAAAUUUUGGUUGAUGAAUUAAGUAGACACGUAAAAAAAUUUGAAAUUUAUGAUUAGUUUUUUUAUCGAUUAAGAAGUAUAUGACACGCCACACACGUUCAUAGACAGAGAUAAAGGGAGGCGGUGGUUGGUUAACCAUCACUACUCGACAUCCAUAUCCUCAACACGAAUGGUCCUAGGGACGAUGAAAGGGUUGGCCACAAUCCUGGUCAAUGAGAUAAUCUGGUAGGCUGCAAUCCUAUUGAAUCUUUUUCGCUCAUCCUCGCUGGCCAAGGUGAUACCCAUCUUCUGCCUUUUUUUAGUGUCAUUUCCAAAGGAUUAAUGCAAGUUUUAAACAAUUAAGCAGAAAAAACCCUAAUCAAACUUCACGUAAGCCUACUAAUUAACACCAACAACCAAAGGGAUCCUCAAAGUUGGUGGUGACAACACCAAAAUUCAACGAAUUAAAAGCAAGAGGACAAAAUCAACACAAAAUGAUGAAAAUGUUCAACCAUUACACACAAACUUCACAUUAAACAUACCCAAACACGAAUUUU